AUGAGUACUCCAGAACCUCCCACAGGGGUCCAAGUUGGUUGGGGCUUACUAGCUUGUUUCUGCGGCCUUAUUGGAUUAUGUGGUUAUUGCCUCACUUGUUGCUGCUGUUGUUGUUGUUGCGCUGACAAAGCUAAACUUAAAGCUGAGCUAGAGAAGGUUGAAGAACAGAUCGAGGCUGAAAAAUUGGCCAACGCUAAACAACAGGACGAGGCUAAUGAAGUGCCGAAGGAUGAUGAAGCGCCGAAGGUUAAUGAAGCGCCGAAGAUUAAUGAAAUGUCGAAGGGAACUGACGAAAGUCAUACAGAAUCAAAGGACGUGUGA